CGAUCCGCUCCAUUAUUUGUUGCUGCUCUUGCUUCUGUCGUUUUCCAUCUUGACAUGACGCCCUCCCAAAUGCUCAUUGUUUAAUGCACAUUAUUAUGUAAUUCCAUUUUGGAGAGACAGCCACGUGCUCUGGUGGGGAUGCGACAGUGAAAGAUAGAACACACACACAUAUACGCAUACACUUGCAAAGUAUCGGCUAUUUAUUUUCCUGCUAAAGUUGUACGCUUACUGACCCGUGCCAGAUUCUCCAAAGUGUUCGACGCAGAGCUUUUUUUUUGUUGUUGAUAGACAGACACCUUUGUUCGAUUUUUCAUAAAAACCAAAGUAGACAAAAAUGAGUCACUGGGGAUACGGAUCUGAAAAUGGACCUGAGACAUGGUCGAAGGCAUUCCCUGCCGCAAGUGGAGUGAGACAGAGUCCCAUCGACAUCUGCCCUGUAAACUUGCAGACUGAACAAGUGAAGCCUUUGACAUGGAAGUACAUCCCAGAAAACGAGAAAACACUGGCCAACAAUGGUCAUUCUUGGGUCGUCAACGUUGAUGGACAAGGAUCAGAAUUGUCCGGAGGUCCUUUGGAAGGGAAAUACAUGUUAGAGCAAUUCCAUUGCCAUUGGGGAGCCUCAGAUGAAGAGGGUUCUGAACAUACCGUGCAAGGAAAGAAAUAUUCUGGAGAGUUGCAUUUGGUGCAUUGGAAUACCAAAUACAGUUCGUUCGCAGAAGCUGCUAAGCAUCCGGACGGUUUGUGCGUUCUCGGUGUUUUCAUCAAGCCCGGAAAACCGAACAAUGACAUAGCUAAGAUCGUGUCGAAAUUCAACUUGAUUCAACAUAAGAGUUGCAAUGCAAAGAUCUCCACUCCCAUGGACCCAAGCAACUUCCUCCCCAAAGACAGUGGAUACUGGACGUACAUGGGAUCUUUGACAACCCCACCUUGCUCGGAAUGCGUUAUCUGGAUCGUAUUCCAAGAACCGAUCGAAGUAUCUCAUGAACAACUGAAAGCGUUUAGGACUUUAAAGACUUAUUGCUCGGAGGACGUUUGUCCUUGUGACGAAUAUCAAGGUUAUCUGAAGAACAACUACCGUCCUACAGUUCCAUUAGGAGAAAGGGUUAUCAGGGAAUGCAGACAGUGAUUAUAUUUAUAUUUGACACUGGUUUAGCAAGAAAUAUAUAUAUAUACUUAGAGGAUACAUUCUUACGAACGGAAUUAGUUACUUAAAAAUACGAUUGUGAUUAGCGUCUAUUGAUUAAGUUCUAAAUACAAAUGAUCAGUGCCUUGAACAUGCAUUUUAGUUCCAUGCAUUUUAUAUUUGUACAUAAAAUGUUCAGAAGAAGAAAUAAACUAUUUUAAUACA